AUGAGGAAGCGGCAUCCCAAGUCGUCAGAAGCAUCUCCUAGUCAAGAGAUUGAUAAGGAGGAUGUUCUUGACAAGGAGGUGAAGACACCUGUUAUUAGAUCGGGAAAAGUAUGGAUUUCACUCUUGAUUUUGAUCUCAUACUCCUCCUGGGCUGUUUACAACCAUCAGCAUGCGAAUUUACCUCAUCCCUUGACCGCCCAACAAGCUGGAAAAAGAGGUUUCUCUGAGAUUGAAGCAAUGAAACAUGUCUCGGCUUUGACUCAGUUUGGUCCGCGUCCUGUUUCUUCUGAUGCUCUUGUCCUCGCCACUCAGUAUGUUUUGGCAGCAGUUGAGAGAGUUAAAGAAACUGCUCACCGUGAGGUUGAUGUCAAUGUUGAUUUCUUUGAAUCUACAUCUGGUGUAAAUACUCUGGUCGGUGGUCUUUUUAAGGGGAAGUCACUCGUGUAUUCAGAUAUCACUCACAUUGUACUAAGAAUCUUGCCAAAAUAUGAACAAGAUGCAGGAGACAAUGCUAUUCUUGUCUCUUCUCACAUUGAUACCGUCUUUUCAACUGGUGGGGCUGGAGAUUGUAGUUCAUGUGUAGCUGUAAUGCUGGAACUAGCUCGGUCUGUUUCCCAAUGGGCUCAUGGAUUCAAGAAUUCUGUUAUCUUCUUGUUUAAUACUGGAGAGGAAGAAGGUCUCAAUGGCGCUCAUAGCUUUAUAACUCAGCAUCCAUGGAGUUCCUCAGUACGUUUAGCUAUUGAUUUAGAGGCCAUGGGUACCGGAGGAAAGUCUGGUAUAUUUCAGGCUGGCCCGAAUCCAUGGGCUAUUGAAAACUUUGCGUUGUCAGCAAAAUAUCCAUCCGGUCAGAUCAUUGGACAGGAUCUUUUCGAUUCUGGACUCAUAAAAUCUGCUACUGAUUUCCAAGUAUACAAGGAGGUUGCUGGUCUCUCAGGAUUGGACUUCGCUUUUGCAGAUAAUACUGCUGUCUAUCACACCAAGAAUGAUAAGUUAGAACUAAUAAAACCAGGAUCGCUCCAGCAUCUUGGGGAAAAUGUACUUCCUUUCCUUCUUCGGGUUGCUUCAUCUUCGGAUCUGCCAACAGAUCAAACACUCCAGGGAGACUCAGCUGUUUAUUUUGACAUUUUGGGGAAGUAUAUGAUUGUCUACCGGCAAAGUUUUGGGACAAUGCUCUAUGUUUCAGUAAUCAUGCAAUCGACUCUUAUAUGGGUUAUGUCCUUGUUCAUGGGUGGUUAUCCAGCUGUUGUGUCUCUCAUUUUGUCCUGUUUGAGUAUCAUCCUCUCAUGGAUAUUCUCAGUAGCUUUCUCGGUAGUUGUUGCCUUCAUACUGCCGUGGAUUUCUUCAUCACCUGUGCCGUAUGCUUCAAACCCAUGGAUGGCAGUUGGAUUGUUUGUGUCGCCUGCGGUUUUGGGGUCGCUAAGUGGUCAGCAUGUGGCCUUUAUCUUCCUUUGGAAGAGAUCACCAAAAAGAAAUUCAAACAAUACGCAAGGCUCACCAAGAGUAUUGGAUCAUUUGGCCAAGCUGGAGGCUGAAAGAUGGCUAUUUAAAUCGGGUUUUAUACAGUGGCUUCUUCUUCUGGCAUUGGGAACCUAUUAUAGACUUGGAUCAACUUACCUUGCCCUGGUCUGGCUAGUUCCACCUGCAUUUGCAUAUGGUAUGCUCGAGGCGACUUUAACUCCAAUCCGAUCGCCAAAGCCUCUCAAACUUGCAACCCUCCUUACCGGACUGGCUGUACCAAUUUUGGUAUCAUCUGGCAGUUUUAUCCGGUUAAGUGGCACAAUGAUCGGCAUGCUCAUUCGAUUUGACAGGAACCCAGGUGGAACUCCAGAAUGGCUAGGCAGUGCGUUGAUCGCUGUUGUUAUUGCUACUUUCAUAAGUCUGACUAUGGUAUAUCUGCUGGCCUAUAUUCAUCUCUCUGCUGCAAAAACAUUGAUUGUCACUUUGUUAUGCGGUAUCACUGCCCUCUCUCUUUCCCUUGUAUCUUCUGGUGUUCUUCCUGCAUUCAAUGAGGAUACUGCAAGAGCAGUAAAUGUGGUACAUGUUGUGGAUACGAGUGGGCCAGAUCAAAUCUCGUUCAUAUCCCUGUUUUCAAACACUCCCGGAAACCUCAACAUGGAAGCAGAGCUGAUUAAAGAAGGGUUCAGAUGUGGCAGAGAGAAUAAAAUUGAUUUUGUCAGUUUUGAAGCUAAAUACAGUUGUGUGACCGAGAAUGAUGCAGGGCUUGGAUGGGACAACCAGGAUGUUCCAGUUUUGCGUGUCAUAAACGACAAAGAAGAAAAUGAAAGAAGAGUCACAACGGUUUCAAUGGACUCAGGAGGCUCAUCACGUUGGACUCUCGGCAUCGACAUGGAGGAACUAGAAGAUUUUACACUGCAAGGGAGUGGGGAGAAUGAAGAGUUGAUGAUAGCUCAAGGUGAGAAAAGCAGCGGCGAAGGAUGGCACCAAAUUCAGUUCUCAGGUGGGAAAAAGGCGCCCACGAGCUUUGUUCUCAAACUUUACAAAAAGAAGAAAGAAUCUGAUGAGAAGAAGCAAAGACCUCUAUUGAAACUCAGAACUGACUUCGAUCGUCUCACUCCGCAAGUCCAAAGGGUCCUCCAAAAACUUCCUCCGUUUUGCUCUUUGUUUGGAAAAUCCACUUCUCCCUUUACUCUCGCCUUUCUAGCUUCUCUUUCUUUGCCCAACAAUUCAGUGGAAGAUCAUCAGAAGUUGCAAAAAGGACAUGGCAACGUGAUAUUCUCAUACCAAUCUUCUUCUUCUCUCUCCUUCGACGGUGGUGGCAUCAUCAAAAGAAACGGAGGAGACCGGAAGAGGGAGAAAGAAAAUUUAGAAGAAGAAACUCUUAAUGGGAUGCUGCCAAUCAUCCUUCCUAAAACCAUCCUUAUUGGACAGUUCUCUGCGGAAGAACUUCGAGAUGCCACCAACAAUUUCAGCAUUGAAGCUGUCGUAUCAGUUUGUCCCGAACAAGCACCUAACGUUGUUUACCAAGGCUGUCUCCGAACAAGCGAUAGAGACAUUCAUAGAAUUGCUGUUAAAAAAUUCUCCAAAUCAACCUGGCCUGAUCCUAAACAGUUUGCUGCAGAAGCUCGAGCUAUCGGAAAAAUGAGGCACAUGAGACUGGUGAAUUUGAUAGGUUAUUGUUGUGAUGGAGAUGAAAGAUUGCUUGUAUCAGAGUACAUGCCCAAUGACACACUCACCAAACAUCUAUUUCACUGGGAGAAUCAAACAAUGGAGUGGGCUAUGCGAUUGAGAGUUGCACUUUAUGUAGCUCAAGCUUUAGAAUAUUGCAGGGAAAGUGGGUACGAAUUGUACCAUGAUCUCAAUGCUUGUCGAGUUCUCUUUGACGAGAAUGGUGAUCCUCGGCUUUCAUGUUUUGGAUGGAUAAAAGAUAGCAAGGAUGGCAAAAACUUCAGCACGAAUCUUGCUUAUACACCACCUGAAUAUCUUACAAGUGAGAGUGUUGUCUUCAGCUUUGGGACGUUUCUUUUGGAUCUUCUAAGUGGGAAACAUGUCCCUCCGAGUCAUGCAGUUGAUACAAUUCAAAAGCAAAAGUUACAUGUCUUUAUGGAUUCACACCUAGAAGGAAACUAUCCAGAGGAAGAAGCGGCCACGGUAUUUGAUUUGGCUUCCAAAUGCCUCCAAAAUAACCCUAAGGACCGGCCAAAAAUUAGCGAUACGAUUGCAAUACUUGCAACACUUCAACACAAACUAGAUGUUCCGUCCUAUACUAUGCUUGGAAUUUCAAAGCUCGAAAACCAUGGAACGGAAAACCAUAGUUCUCUAAUUUAUGAUGCAUGUUACCGAAUGGACCUCUCAGCUCUUCAUCGAAUUCUUGAAGCAACAGAUUACAAAGACGACGAGGUUACUUGUGAGCUCUCCUUCCAGCAAUGGUCCCAACAAAUUAAAGAUGUGUGGUACACCAGACAGCAAGGCGAUUCAGCUUUUCGGAACACAGAUUUCCAAUCUGCUAUAGAAAAAUAUACUCAGUUCAUAGAAACAGGGAUCAUGAUCUCUCCCACUGUCUAUGCACGAAGAAGCAUGUGCCAUCUCUUCUGCGACCAGCCAGAUGCAGCACUACGAGAUGCAAUGCAAGCACAAUGCGUUUAUCCUGACUGGCCCACCGCCUUUUACCUUCAGGCCGUGGCUCUCGCAAAGCUGAAUAUGGUUGAAGACUCAGCUACCAUGCUAAAAGAAGCCUCUAUCAUGGAAGACAAGAGAGGCUCAUAA